AUGAGGGACGGAGCGGAGAGGAGCAGCGGGGGGAGCAGGCUGCUGUGGCCGCUGCUCGGGGCUUGUCUCUGGGCUUCAGUGGUCGCCUACAAACCGGUGGUGAUCGUCCACGGGUUGUUUGAUAGUUCUGGAGAUUUUAAGAAUUUACAACGAUUUAUCAACGAGUCUCAUCCUGGGACCAACGUGACGGUGAUCGACCUGUUCGACCGCAGUGCGAGUCUUGAACCCAUGUGGACACAGGUGGAAGGGUUCAAAGCUGCCGUUUAUCCCAUCAUGCAAAACGCUGCAGACGGAGUGCACUUCAUCUGCUACUCUCAAGGAGGUCUCGUCUGUCGCGGGAUUCUGUCCACGUUGCCAGAUCACAACGUCCGCUCCUUCAUCUCGCUGUCGUCUCCGCAGGCCGGACAAUACGGAGACACAGAUUACCUGAAGUACCUGUUCCCACAGUUUGUAAAGUCCAACCUGUUCCACGUCUGCUACACCGGCUUCGGACAGAGGAUCUCCAUCUGUAACUACUGGAACGACCCGCAUCACCGAGACCUGUACGUGAACAGCAGCGACUACCUGGCUCUGCUCAACGGAGAGAAGCCGAGUCCCAACGCCACAGAGUGGAAAAAGAACUUCCUGAAGAUUAAGAAGCUGGUGCUGAUUGGAGGACCAGACGAUGGGGUCAUCACUCCCUGGCAGUCCAGUCAGUUUGGUUUCUUCGACGACAACGAGACGGUUGUGGAGAUGCAGGACCAAGGCGUGUUUUUGAGAGACGUGUUUGGGCUGAAGACCCUCGGCGCCCGCGGAGACCUGGUCGUGUGUUCUGUGCCCGGAGUGGAGCACGUCUGGUGGCAUUCCAACGAGACGGUUUUCCACAACUGCAUCGAGAAAACGGCAGACACAAUGACUGACUGGGAGACCGCUCCAGCAGUGGCUGAAUCUCCGGAGAUCAAACUCUUCGGGAAGUGGAGCACAGAUGAUGUUCAGAUAAAUGACAUCUCUCUCCAGGAUUACAUUGCUGUGAAAGAGAAGUAUGCCAAAUACCUGCCCCACUCUGGAGGCCGUUACGCCGCGAAGCGUUUCAGGAAGGCCCAGUGUCCGAUCGUGGAGCGCCUCACCAACUCCAUGAUGAUGCACGGACGCAACAACGGCAAGAAGCUGAUGACCGUCCGCAUCGUCAAACACGCCUUCGAGAUCAUCCACCUGCUCACGGGAGAGAACCCGCUGCAGGUUUUGGUGAACGCAAUCAUCAACAGUGGGCCCCGUGAAGACUCCACUCGUAUCGGUCGCGCUGGAACCGUGAGGAGGCAGGCCGUGGACGUGUCGCCACUCCGCAGAGUCAACCAGGCCAUCUGGCUUCUGUGCACCGGAGCGAGAGAAGCUGCUUUCAGGAACAUCAAGACCAUCGCUGAGUGCCUGGCCGACGAGCUGAUCAAUGCAGCCAAAGGUUCUUCCAACUCCUACGCCAUCAAGAAGAAAGACGAGUUGGAGAGAGUCGCCAAGUCCAACCGUUAA